AUGCCGCGAACUCGCACUGAGAAGACAAUGUCUUCUCGUCUUCUUACUAUGAAAUUUAUGCAACGCGCUGCCGCGUCCUCUGGCGGCCCAGCGACCCCUUCCAGCCAAACAUCCACGGUCGACGCCGAAACUUCAACGCCUUCACCGAAACGUCAAAAACUGUCCAACAAUGCAUCGCGUUCGGACAUGAGGGCGAUAUCAGCCGCUAUCAGAGCCGAAGAGGAAAAGCGCGCCGCAGCAAUCGCGAAGCAAGCAGCCGAAGCCGGAGAGACCCAAUGGGUCCUUGAAUUUCCUGCGCGGGUGAUAAGCAACACGCCAACGCCGACAGUGGUGACAACAGCAGACCUGAAUGAUACGGAUGAAGAACUCGAAUACGGCGGUCGAAGAAGUUAUGGAAAUUUUAAGAAGAAGACAAAAACUCCGGUUCGUUCCGUCAUUGCAAGCCUGAUAGUGCUCUUCUAUGUCUCUGGUCUAUUCUUCCCCUGGUCACUCGCUAACACAAAUGAACAAAUAAAGGCAUAUGCCACAGUUGAAGAAAAGCAAGGCGAAGCUGCUGAGUCUUCGGAGCAAGAUGAAGUGUUAGCUCUGAUUCGUUCAGCACAACCUCAGGAACAGUCUAAACGAAACAACCGUGGACAGUCCAAUCGCCAAAACCAAGAUCGUGCGCGUAAAGGUAUUAGCUCUGGUGGCGGCCGGCAGUCUGAUGAAGUCGAUUUACGCAAACUCAAUAGCAUAUCCGGUGGAAUGUCAAGGGAAAAAAAACCGGCCGGCGGUAAAAGGAAAGAGUUCAGAUAG